CGGCCUUUCAGACGCUACCGAACACCGGUACGCUGUUGUACGGUCUUGCGUGUCCCGCGUUGUCGCUUCAGACCAGUUUGUACGUCCAAGUUUGCCCGUAGUAGCCGGUCCUCGCAGUGUGGUCCUCACAGUCGGCUCCGUGAAGGUCCAGAUCGAAGUGUCCUUGGAAGAAGGGGACCGGUCGCGCGAUUUCUUCCUCGUCAUGCGUUGACGAGAGGUUCCCUCGACGAACCCAGUGUACAUAGAGAAGAACACCGGUGGACACGCUGCUCAACUACGGGGCUAACAGGUCCACAUCUCAUCAUGAGGGAUUCUAGCUCGCUGAGGAGCUGCCUCUUGCUGCUGCUCGUCGCCAACGCCGCCCUCGUGCACGCAUCCGAGAACGACGAUCUGGUGUUCGACCAGGAUGGCAAACAGUCCAUCGGCGAGGCUCCGCUGAUAGAGUCGCGCCAACAAGACUCCUUGUUUCAUAGGAUAAAGAGAGGGCUGUGGGAUUUUUUUGGCCCAUCCGAAUCGACAACUACCACUACCGAAGCUCCAGAAUCCGAAGACGACAACGCGGACAACGAGCUGAACAACGCUCCUCCAGUUCAAUCGGACGAGGACAAAGAGCCGCAAAGCUCGAAUUUGGAAAGGAUAACCCGAGAUAGCGCGGAGGAAUACGACGAAGAUGACGAGAACAACGAGGUUGGGAACGCGGCCGAGGGUCGGAGGGAGCCAGCCAAUUUUGGCAACACCGACGACGAAGACCUAGCCGGAUCUGGAGAAGUUGAAGGCAGCGCCACCGAGUUUGAUACGAAAGUUAAUUACGGUUCCAGAAGAGAAAGAAGGUUCUACAGAAUAACCUUGACCGUUGGAGAACCGUACAGGAGGGAAUACGCGGACAGAAGCAGCAGAGAGUACAAGGAACUCAGUGGCAAUCUGACGCAGCCGCUCGAGGAGUUGCUGAACCGUGACAUUCCCAACGAAAAUCACCACGUCAACGUUGUUAAAAUAUCGCCAACUUCUGACAGCUUUACGUCGCAAGUUACUCUAGACAUCGGCUCGACGUUAGCUGAUGAGACGGAGAUGCAGUACAUUAUCGAGAAACAGCUGCAGAUGCACUCGUUGGGCAACGUCCAAGUGCGUCCGGAUGGAUUUACCUUCAGAAUAUUCCAAGUAGGGUUUGAAGAGCUGGAAUGCGAUCAGUCAGCUGAGCUAACGUGUAGAGACGGUACAUGCGUUCCAUUGGAGCGGCGAUGCGAUGGAAUUGCCGACUGUAAGGAUAGUUCUGACGAAGAGGGCUGCUCCGAGAGUACAACGCAGCCGAGCAGGGAUUUCGCAAGAACCGAUCAUCACGAAAUUUUGGGAGCUGUACCAAACGAAGACGAUGGAGAUAUAAACAGAGUUGAUUCGAUAUCUAGCAAAUGUCGUGCCGACGACACAAUUCGUUGUAGAGAUGGAAGUCGUUCUAUCUGCUCUGUACAGCAAUGUGACGGCGUGAAAGAUUGUGACGAUGGUGAUGAUGAAGAUGGUUGUCCCCAUCCAGGUUGCAGCCCCGGAGAAUUCGCCUGCGACGUGUCUAGGUGUAUCUUGGACUCGCAGCGAUGCAACUUCGUCCAGGAUUGCGACGACGGAAGCGAUGAACACGACUGCAACUAUCCUGCCUGCACCGCCUCGCAAUUCAAAUGCGGAAACGGUCAGUGUAUCGACGGCAACGACCGCUGUAAUAACGUCGAGGAUUGUUUAGACAGAUCGGACGAACUUAACUGCCCUUGCGGAGAGAACAAAUUCGAAUGCACCCCAGGCUAUUGCGUGGAUAAAUCGAAACGCUGUGACGGAUACCAGGAUUGUGGAAAUGGGAGGGAUGAGGAAAAUUGUCAGCACAUAACUCGAUGUCGAUCAGACGAGUUCGAGUGCUUAGACGGAAAUUGCGUGAGCCAGACCUCGAGAUGCGACGGAAGAUCCGACUGUCGAGAUUUAUCUGAUGAAAUCAAUUGCACCGUGACCACAUGCAGCGGAGAUCAAUUCAGGUGUCUGGAUGGAACCUGCAUCAGUAUCGACAAAAGGUGCAAUCAGAACAUAGACUGUCGUAAUGGAGAGGACGAGAGCCAGUGUGGUUGCGGAGAGGCCCAGUUUCGCUGCACGGACGGACGGUGCAUCGGUUACGAGUUGCAGUGCAACGGGGUGGAGGAGUGCUCUGAUGGCUCUGACGAAAGGGACUGCGAAAAGGCCAAGUGGAGGAAUUUAUACAACGAUGAGCAUACGUUCCGCAAGUAUCUGGAAACAGUGAGAAUGCUGAACUGGAAUCACGUUGGUGACCUGAAGCAGCAGACUUUGACAAAUCCAAAGAAACACCCGAAGAACGACUCUACCAUCGAUCCAUCCUCGAAUGAACUAGCUGAUAAAAAUUCGAGUCCACAGAAUAUUUGGAGGUCCGUGCCAAGGCAUUCGAAUUCCUUACCAAGAAUAGCCAUCGAGAUAAGCGAUCCGUGCUCGAUGAAAAUAGUCAAGAAAAAAACGAAUCCAGGGAACAUUUGGAGGUCCAAGUCGAGGAACUUGAAUCCCUUGCCACGAAUAGGUUUCAAAAUAAUUGACACGCCCGAUAGGAACAGCUCGAGGUCUGCCAAAAUGAUGAUACGUUCCUUGUACUACGAGAGAUAUCCUACUGAUAAUGAGGCGAAGAAGCCGAAAAAGAACAGGAAGAAGAACCACCGAAAGUCUGGUGUUGAGAACGCAACGUCUAGCGAAGUGUCAGUUCUGACGGAUUCCACAAAUUCCACGACUGUGGUCAACGAUGGAAAGGUGCGUGCGAAGAAGAAGAAGUCUAGGAAGGGUAGGAAGAAAGGGCAGAAGGGUAGAUUCAGACACAUGUCCGUAUUUGCUGGCACCAAAUACCCAACAGACUCGACAACACCGGAGACUGUUAGCUCGACCGUCACCGAUGAUCCAAGUUCAAUAAAAAAUGAAAUACUUUCUAAUAAGAUUCGAGAAGAGAUGGAAGAAGAAAGUACUUUGAAAAACGUGGAGGAAACUACGGUAUCAGAAUUGGAAGAUUUUUCGAUUGGGCCGGAGAUUAAUCUUUCGACGAAGGAAGAAGAUGAAGUAACGUUGGAAGGCGAGGUGAACGGGACAACGGAUAGUGUGUUUGUUUCGGUGAAGGACGAAUCUCUUAUUCUUACAGAAUCGAGUGAAAAAUUAUUUAUUUCCGAAGAUGGGAGUCUGGAAGAAGCCGUGGCAACCACGUCGACGAGUACAGAACAGAUCAACUCCACUGACUUUUCAGAAACUACAAAUUGGAAUUGGUACUCUGAAGAAGAUUUAGACAAGAAGUUGAACUUCACCGGGGAAGAAGACGCGAUGAGAUUGGACUCGGGGGAAAGAAAUACUUCCGAUAUAUCUGGGACUAAAUAUUCGUUGGAGGAAAAGCUGGAUUGGAGCCCGAAGACGACAUUCGUGGAAGAGACCACAGUGCCGGAUUCAGAAAAUUCUUCCUGGAUUACGGAAAAGUACAGGACAUCGACUGUCCUAAGUUCGGAAGAAAUUUUAAUUGCCGACGGAUCUAAUCAGGAUUCUACGGAGACAUCAGAUAGCAGAAAAGAUAGCGAAGAGACGACGUAUUAUGACGGGAACUUGGAAGAGAAGGGAUCAUCGUCGGUAUCGUCGACAGCCUCUACGAUUGCAGACGAGGAUUACAGUUAUAAUGUAUCCGCAAACGUGGAGACACUGUUAUUCGAAUCUAAUUUGAACAAUUCCAAGAUCCUGAUAGAUCUACUUAGUAAGGACAGGUUAGCUGAUAAAAUUCUUCCCAAUUCUAUCGACCAAACCUUGGAAGCGAAGAUAUACAAUUGUACCUCGAAGUGUGUGGAUUUCUAUAGACAGAGAGUGUACGAGUUGGAGGAGAAGUUGCGACAAGCAGGUAUCGAGAAGUCUCUGACAAGCGAGAAUAAGAUCGAUUCCGGACUAAUCGAGGAUACCACACUUUCCAAGCCUGAAGAUGACAGUAAUUCUUCGGAUUCUUUUCAGGACUUCUCGGAAUUCUCAGAGGUGUUCAACCAUAGUUUAACUAUAAAACCAAUUGAUUCUAAAUAUUCGGACGCCACAGAAUCACUGACGUUGGUUGAGACCGUGACAGAACUGAGCAGGAACAACAUCAGCAAGGAGUCGAAGGAAAUCGUUGACCAAGAGGAAGGGCAAGAUCAACACAGUAAAACAUACUCCAGAAUAGACGACGUUACGGUUUCUACGAGUUUGCCAGCCACUAAGAGCUCCUCUUCCUCGGCUAGGAAAAAGUGCAAGAAGGAUGAAAAGACGGGCAAAAAGCUCAGAGCUGACCAGGACGUGGAGGACGAUUGCGAAGAGGAUACCACGGAAAGACAGAGCACUACGAAUUCCGACUUCAUCUCCAAAGAGACUAGCACGACCGCGAACUGCGAUCCGGAUCAGUUCGUUUGCAGCGAUGGCACGUGUAUCGCGGCAGACAAAUGGUGUGAUGGAUACUCAGACUGUCCAGAUUAUGGCGACGAGUUUGACUGUAACGGCAAUACCAAUGGAGAUUAUGAGAAUGGAGUGCACGAGACCGAAGAAAAUUCCGCAUGUCCUAUGUGGAAAUUUGCCUGCGACGGGACCUGCAUCGACAAUAUCUUCGUCUGCAAUAGCGUAAAGGAUUGUGAGGAUGGAUUAGACGAAGCUGACUGUGGGAUGGAAGAACGGGAAUGCACACCCACCCAGUUCAAAUGCGUCACCGGGAACAAGUGCAUCGAGGGUGUCUACAGGUGCGACGGCCGCCCGGAUUGUCCGGAUCAGAGCGACGAAGAUUGCGCUAACGAAACCAUUACACACGCCACUCCACCUAUCAGCCAUGUAUGGCCAGGCGAGACAACUGAGCGCCCGAGGGAAUGCGAUCCGAGCAAGGAAAUGCGUUGCAAAGACGGACAAUGCAUUCUGCUUCGACGCAAAUGCGACAAUAUCUUCGACUGCCUCGAUGGUAGUGACGAGCAUGACUGUGGGGUCUGCACACCUGCCGAGUGGAAAUGUGCCAGUGGUGAAUGCAUAGCUGAAAUCGAGAGGUGCGACAAUGUAACCCACUGUGCUGACGGAUCUGACGAGAUUGGAUGCGUAAGCGAAUGUCCGGUUGGAAUGUUUCGAUGCAACGACGGAUUGUGCCUGGACAGUAAGAGACGUUGCGAUGGUCGACAGCAUUGUAAGGACGGCUCAGACGAAAUCAACUGCCAGUGCCCCAACGGUGAGCGACCCUGCGACAACGGUGUGUGCAUCAACAAGAACUUCUUCUGCGAUAACAACAUCGAUUGCCACGAUGGUAGCGACGAGCGCGACUGCAACAACGUGGUGACACCACCAGCAGAAUGUCGUGCUGACGAGUUCACGUGUCGCGAUGGAACAUGUAUUCCGCAAUCCGCCGUCUGCGAUCGACGCCCAGAUUGCCCUCACGAAGACGACGAGGCGAACUGUCAUAAAGGUAGAACCACACUGGUGGGACUAACCCACGUGAACCAGGCUAGCAAGGAUUACAAUCCGGAUUAUCAGGCGCCAGCUAAUCUGAGCACUCCGAGGAGUUGUGCUCCGGAUGAUUUUGUUUGUGCUGAUGGCACUUGCAUCCCUGAAACUCACCACUGCGACCAUUUCUACGAUUGCCGCGACUUUACCGACGAACAGUAUUGCUUCGGCUGUGGCAGGGACCAGUUCCAGUGUGCGAAUGGAGAUUGCAUCAGAGCUGACCAACAGUGCAACAAUUUCAUAGACUGUGCUGAUGGAUCUGACGAAAAUUGUGAUCACAUCGUUUCCCUAAUGCCUGGCAGUUGUCCACACGGCUACGUCGCGUGCACCAGAGACAAAGAUUGUGUACCUCAGUCCUCUCUCUGCAAUGGGGUGCCAGAAUGCAGGGACAGAUCCGACGAAGAAAAUUGCUAUGGAGAAUCUCAUCAUCUCAACUUGAAGACUUAUCCAAGCGAGCAACUGAUCAAAGAAAACCCGCCGAAGCAAGGUCGUGAGGUCGUAUUCCAAUGCCGUGACGAAGGUCUUCUUCGAGCCAAAGUGCGCUGGCUACGAGGAAAUAAUCUGCCUCUGCCUCCUGGAAGUCGAGAUGUCAAUGGACGCUUAGAAAUACCAAAUAUCCAACUGGAACAUUCAGGGGUGUAUAUCUGCGAAGCUGUUGGCUAUCCUUCGUCCACGCCCGGUCAGCAAGUGAGCGUGUAUCUCACUGUAGAAAAGUUCGAGCCGCCACCAACCAACAAACCCCACGCAUGCCAAUACGACGAAGCCACCUGCAGCAAUGGUGAAUGUAUUCCCAAAUCAUACGUGUGCAAUGGCAGACUGGACUGUACCGAUGGUUCUGACGAGAUGCGUUGCAGUCCGCACGGUUGCGAGCCAAAUCAGUUCCGCUGCAACAACACAGAGUGUGUGAGCAAAGUGUGGCGCUGUGACGGUGACAAGGACUGCGCCGACGGCAGCGACGAAGAAGACUGUGCUCCAAACGCACCAGGCACUCCCUGUCGCUUCACAGAGUUUGCCUGUGGCAGCCACGAUCAAUGUAUACCCAAAAGCUAUCAUUGUGACUUGGAGAGGGACUGCAUAGACGGUAGCGACGAAGUAGGAUGCUCUCCGGUUUACAUAGUGAAACCACCUCCACCGAUGAUCAUCGUGUCUCAAGGAACAACUUUAAUGAUAACCUGCACAGCGAUUGGCGUACCCACUCCCGAGAUCAGCUGGCGUCUCAACUGGGGCCACGUUCCUCCCAAAUGCUACAUGACAUCGAUAAACGGAACUGGAACUCUCUCAUGCCCCGACAUGCAACCAGAAAACCAAGGAUCCUACUCCUGCGAGGCACUGAACAGCGCUGGCUUCGUAAUUGCCAUUCCCGACGCCAUCGUGAUCGUGAACAAGACCGGACCGGAGAUCUGUCCCAAGGGAACGUUCAACUCUGAAGCUAGAACCGCAGACGAGUGCAUUUCCUGCUUCUGUUUCGGAGUCGCUACCCAAUGUCGCAGCGCCAACCUCUUCACUUAUCACAUUCCACCGCCUUUCGACCGCCAUAGUAUCGUAAGCGUGAAAACUCAACCGGAUCUUCAAAUUCUGAAUGACAUCACCAGACAAGUGCAAGCUGUGAGAGGUAUAGGUCGAGAUGGAGUGCAGCUGUACGAUGCAAACCAACUGCCACUGGGUUCAAGAGAGGAACAGGAAGUUGCUUACUUCGUCAUGCCUGAGAACUAUCACGGAAAUCAGUUGAAAUCCUACGGUGGUUAUCUGAAGUACAGAGUAACCUAUAAUGGAACCGGCAUACCAAACGCCGCGCCGUCGGUUAUUCUGAUUGGAAAUAAUUAUCGACUCUUGCAUAAAGGAAAGCAGAUAAUAGCGGGUUACGAUAACGAAGAGGCUGUCAGGUUCUUCGAUGGCGAAUGGUAUAAGCAACAAGGAUGGGCUGAGGUUCCUGCCACCAGGGAAGAUAUCAUGAUGACACUGGAGAACGUGGACAAUAUCUUGAUCAAAGUACAGUAUGACGAUUCUCCGUACUUGGAUAUCCGGCUCACUAACAUAGUGAUGGACACAGCUGAUGUAAGGAAUACUGGACUCGGAUCGGCCUCUUAUGUGGAAGAAUGUGAAUGCCCUAUAGGAUACAGUGGCCUGUCGUGCGAGCAAUGUGCUCCAGGAUACGAAAGACGAGAAUCUGGUCCUUGGCUUGGUCAAUGUUACUUAGCCGCGCCUCCUGGUUGCCCUUUGGGAUAUUAUGGAGAUCCUGCGAGGAACAUUCCUUGCCAAAUGUGCCCCUGUCCACUCACCAAUCCAUCCAAUCAGUUUGCACGCACUUGUCACCUUGGAUCUGAUGGUCAGCCGACCUGCGAUUGUCCAGCAGGAUACAUAGGUCGUAGAUGCGAACAGUGCAACGUUGGAUACCGAGGAAAUCCUCUUAUUCCAGGAGACAUGUGUGUUCCCGAAUCUUCUUGUGACCCUGAUGGUAGUCUCAGUACGAUCGCGGAUCCUAACACCGGCAGGUGCCGAUGCAAGCAAUACGUGACGGGUCUUACUUGCAAUCAAUGUAAGGCGAACACGUUCAAUUUGGCAUCGAAAAAUCAAUUUGGCUGCAUCAGCUGCUUUUGCAUGGGCAUUACUGACAAAUGCGUCUCCUCCAACUGGUACAGAAACGACAUUCGAGUUUCAUUUACCAAUUCCGUCAGGGACUUCUCUCUCAUCGAGUCUAGAACACCAGAUAGUCUACCAAUCACAGACGGUAUUCGUUUGGACACAGUCAGCCGCGAAAUCAUCUACAACGAAUUCCCUAACCGUGGGAACAACGAUGUUUACUACUGGCAGCUGCCUAGCAUUUUCCUAGGCGAUCAAGUUACCUCCUAUGGUGGCAACCUCAAAUAUACUGUUCGCUAUGUUCCGUCUCCAGGUGGUCAAAGCUCGAAAAACAACGCUGCUGACGUCGAGUUGAUCAGCGCCAACGAUAUCAACUUGCUGUACUUCUCCAAAGAGUCUCCCGAGCCAAAUACUCCCCAGACUUUCGUCGUACCUCUGUUAGAACAAUAUUGGCAACGCAACGAUGGAACACAGGCUGACAGAGAACACUUGCUAAUGGCCCUGGCUGACAUUCGCGCGAUUAGGAUUAAAGCCACAUAUACCACCCACACCGACGAGGCUGCUUUGUCGUUGGUAUCCCUGGAUACAGCUGAAAAGUACAACACAGGUCGAGCAAGAGCCGUAGAGGUGGAGGAAUGUUCUUGUCCAGUGGGUUACAAGGGACUAUCUUGCGAGGACUGCGAUGUUGGAUACACUAGAGGUGGCGAAGGUCUCUAUCUGGGUACGUGCGAGCCUUGCUACUGCAAUGGUCAUUCCAACCAAUGUAAUCCUGACACGGGAGUAUGCGAGAACUGUGCUCACCAUACCACUGGCGACUUGUGCGAGUUCUGUGAAUCAGGAUACACGGGUGACGCGACUCGAGGAACUCCUUACGAUUGCACAGGUCGCGAGGUAAACCAUACUGAUUGCAACGAAAUGGGUUCACGUAGCAGCUUGUACAUUGGUGAUAGAUGUGAUUGUAAACGAAACGUCGAGGGACGGCAGUGUAACAGGUGUCGUCCAGCUACAUUUGGACUGUCCGCAGAAAAUCCGGAUGGGUGUAGCGAGUGUUACUGCAGUGGACUGACCGAUCAAUGUCACGAGAGUUCCUUAUACGUUCAGCAGAUUCCCAUGUGGGUAUACGACAACCAACACGGAUUUACUCUAACCGAUUCGACGAGACAGGAAAUCAUCGACCACCGUGAUUUCGAAUUGAACUUGGCUACGAACGAAAUAGGGUAUCGUUAUCCGGAUAGCAGACGACGCAGCUUGUUGUGGUCCCUGCCGCCCAUUUUCACUGGCAACAAGGUUAAAAGCUACGGAGGAAGUCUGACUUUGACUCAACAUAUCACUGCCAUUCCUGGGGCUCAGAGUUACAAGGAUCAAGAUAUUAUCUUGAUUGGAAAUGGGAUCACGUUGUUCUGGACGAAUCCUAUUGACAUCCAGCCUGACGUUCCAUUGACUUACUCGGUGCCAUUCAGGGAAUCAGAGUGGAAGCGUUUGACCACCGAGGGGCCUCGAGUCAGCUCCAGGACCGAUCUGAUGACUGUACUCUCUAACUUGGAGGCGAUUUUGGUUCGUGCAACCCACAGCGAAGGAAUGAGAGCCACCUACAUUAGCGACAUAAGCCUGGACACAGCCGUGGAGCACCCAACUGGCAACAGAAGAGCUGUCCAAGUGGAAGUUUGUCGCUGCCCGACCGGAUACGUUGGAACAUCCUGCGAGUCUUGCGCAACAGGUUACUACAGAGACACUAGCGACCGAUCCGUCAGCUACCUGGGCUCCUGCAUCCUAUGUCCUUGCAACAACAACGAGGAAAGCUGCGAGAUGACGCACACUGGCCACGUGAAGUGCCACUGCAAGCCAGGAUUUGUGGGCCAGUAUUGUCAAUACACUGAUGGGCUGAUGGUAAGUCUAACGCCAGUGACGAGCGUGUUAAAGGCAAAUUCGUGGGUUCUGUUCACGUGCAGUUACAAGUCCCCACACCCAUUUUAUAUCUAUUUCUCAAUGACUCCGUGCGACGGCUGGCCACUAACUUCGUCCAGCAUGCCACCAGGGCCCAUUGAAAGAACUACUAAUGGAUCGUGGAGGAGCUGGUACGUUUACGUCCAGCAGAAUCCUUUCAAUGUAAUAUGCUGCAUCGUGGACGAUCAUGGAACGGAACUGAUCAAAGUUAUAACGACGGUCACGCCAGAAGGCACAAUAUCGACCACCACGACAAGUCGUCCACCCUUAAAUCCACCAAAGAUUGUGGUUUAUAUCAGAGAACCCGAGUUCCAGAUCGUUGAAGCUGGAGGUACUGUUAGGUACCAUUGCUUUGAAAGAACGGACAAUGGAUCUUUGCACAUCAGAUGGGAAAAAGAAGGUGACGAAUUACCAAUAGGAAGAAGCAUAGACGACAAGCGUGGCUUAUUGAUCAUUCGAGACUUGAAAGUGUCUGAUAGCGGCAUUUACAUUUGUCAAAUCAGCGAUGGAGUACAUAUUGGUUACAAGAACGUCACUCUCACUGUUGGAGCUUUCCCGCGAAGUUUGCUGGACAUUCCAGUUCCACCAAGGGUUAUCGUCGAGCCAUCAUCUUUACAAGUAAUGGAAGGAGAACCAGCGGAAUUCCGGUGCGAGGCAACUGGAAAUCCCCCGCCACGAGUCGAAUGGAUUCGUGUCUAUGGUCCCAUGAGCCCGGGUGUAGUGGUCAACAAUGGAAUUUUGCUCCUUAGAUCUGCUUCGAGGUACGAUGCCGCCGAAUAUAAAUGCGUGGCAAGGAAUAACGUUGGCGUGGACGAGAGAACUGUCAUUCUUCAUGUUGAAGGAAAAUCCACUCAACCCAUAAUACCACCAACCAUCACCCCGUCACAAUGGUUCGGUCAACCUGGAGAAACGAUCGUGAUAACGUGCGUGACAUCUUUAAUAACGAAUCUUACCUGGUCUAGAGAAAGAAACCCACUACCUCACACAGCCAGCCAACGUGAUGGUGUCUUAACAAUUGUAAAUCCUACCCCUUAUGACUCCGGUAUCUACGUCUGUACGUCGACCAGCUACAUAGGAAUGACUAACAGCACUAUCAACAUAACAGUAACGUCUAGAACACCAGCACCGUUUGUCAAGGUGACGCCUGAGAAACAGACCGUUCCUCAAGGCAACAUAGCUGAAAUAAGGUGUCUAACAAGCAGAGAACCCGGUGAACAUUUGACGUGGAGCAAGUAUCUUCAACCGCUAAGCUCUAAUGUACGACAAGUAGGAGACACUUUGAGAAUUGUCGACAUCCAAAUUGCUGACAGGGGUAUAUACGUGUGUCGAGUCACUGGACCAAGUGGAACUCACGAAGCUAGCGCCAUGAUCGAGGUCGAACGCAGGGAACCUCCAUUGGUAGAGAUCUAUCCCAAGAAUGUCCCUCCAGUUACUCUGGAUGGGUCCACGGAUCUCCAAUGUCGAGCAACUGGAAUCCCCAUGCCAGAGUUACAUUGGUCUCACGAAUCUGGUCGACCGUUGCCCCAUAAUAUUAAACAACUUCCUGGUGGUGUUCUGAGACUAACCAACAUCACAGCCAGCGAUGGUGGGUCGUACGUCUGUACCGCUAUCAAUCCCGCCGGAACGAAUUCAGCCAUGGUAUACGUAGAAGUUCAAUCCAUGCCUGUCAUCAGUAUAUCGCCCCAAUCUGGAAUGCUGCACGUGAGACCUGGAGAUAGGGUACGACUACUAUGCAGCGCAAAUGGAUUUCCGGAACCUUCAGUUACUUGGAGCAGACAUCCGAACGUAGUAUCACUUACAACCAAUGAAUUGGCAGCCCCUCAUCAGGCCGUUUAUGAAAUACACUCCGCUUCUUCGAGUGACGAAGGUUCAUACAUCUGCCAUGCAAGUAGCAGAGUAGGAACUACUGAGGAACGAGUCUAUAUCAGAGUAGAGGAUAUAAAUGACGGAAAUGAUAACGCUAUACGAACGGACUACCUCAGGAUCCCCGAUGGCGGCAAGGUGGAAAUGCGUUGCCACGUGCAAGAUUCCGAUGGACACAGAAUUUAUCUGGAUUGGAGAAGGGCGGACGAUAGACCACUGCCAGCUGGUAAUUCCGUUGACAAUGGUGUACUGAUCAUCCCUGUCGUGGAUAAAAGCGCCGCAGGAGAGUACGUUUGCACUGGGAGAGACCUAACUGGAAAUGUUCUCUUCAGAGCCACAUCUGUCCUUGAAGUAUUAUCUCCACCAAGGAUUGUGUUAAUCCCACCAAGACAAACAGUCCGAUCCGGAGAAAAUCCAUCAAUCGAAUGUCGUACCACUGGUGACGAACCAAUGAACAUAGAAUGGGAUGCCAUAGGGCGUAGCUUACCUCAUUCGGUGACACACCAUCGUGGACUUCUCCAGUUCCAUGGAAUCACUUAUUCUGACGCGGGAAAAUAUGUUUGUAAAGCUACCAAUGAAGCAGGAACUGCUGAAGCUGUUGCCGAAGUUCUAGUGAAUCAAAAUCCUUACGAGAACACAGAAGUCAGACAUCUCGAAAGAGACAUGGUUACAUAUGUGGGACAACCUGUGCGUUUACGAUGCAUGGUCAGCGAUAGAGCUACAAUACACUGGUCCAGGGAAGGACUGCCAUUGCCACCUAAUGCUAGAAUCAAAGACGAUUAUUUGGAUCUACCUAGAGUAAGACUGGAAGACAGUGGAAGGUACAUCUGCCAGACCCAAACCUCUCAUGGGGUUUCCAGUGAUUAUGUUAAUUUAAAUGUCUCACUACUUAAUUUGCGUACGGAUUGCACGCGUGUGAACCCAAUGCAGUGCAGGGAAAGCAGUUGCGUCUGCAGCGUUCAAGGAUGCUUUCUGUUGGAUUACUAUUGCAAUGUGAAUGCUAUCUUCUAUCCUGAUAACCGCUACUACUUCAACAGCAAACGGUGGAUUCCCCACUAUCUUCAACAACUAGGCGCAACUACAAUACCUGCUGUCAGUGUGGAAGUCUCUCAGGAUCCAGUGAACAUUGGGGAUAACAUUGACAUACGUUGUGCAUGCUCUGGAACUCAUAAUCCACGUUACUACUGGUCCAGACCUAACCAUUCUAGUCUGCCACAAAAUGCUCAAGUGCAUGGAAACACUUUAAGAUUGUCUAACGUGACUGUCAGUGACAGUGGACUGUACAGAUGCACUGCAGAUACUCCUGAUGGUACCUUCGAGCAGGACUUCAAUCUUGUUGUCCAUGGUGGAAACAACGAUGCUCCAGCAAUUGAAACCAAGCUUGCUCCUUAUGGCUCCAGUCUAGAAAUGGAUUGUCGUCCUAGCAUCGAUCCACCACUGACGUUCUCUUGGAGCAAACUAGGAGGUAUUUUGCAACCUGACGCUCAAGUGUUUGAGAGCAAAUUGAAGCUAACCAACGUCAAGGCAGAGGAUGCAGGCACGUACAUCUGCACUGUGAACAACGACCAUGAAAAUAUAGAAAUACCGACUAUGCUUGUCGUAACUGGAGUAGUUCCAUACUUCAGUCAGGCACCUCAAAGUUUCAUCGCUUUACCUCCACUAGCUGACUCAUAUCUGAAAUUCAACAUAGAGAUCUCAUUCAAACCACAGAGCUAUGAUGGUAUAAUCCUGUACAAUGAUGAAUCCAACCGUGGAAAUGGAGACUUUAUUAUGUUGUCACUGGUUAGAGGCUACCCACAAUUUAGCUUUGAUCUUGGUUCUGGACCAACUAUGAUUCGGGCAGAAAAGCCUGUAACACUUGGAGAGUGGCAUACUAUAAAACUCCAACGUCACAGAAAGGAGGGAACCAUGUUAGUCGAUGGUGAAGGCCCUUACAAAGGUAUCGCAGAUGGCAGAAAACAAGGAUUGGAUAUGAAAUCAUUAUUGUUUGUGGGUGGAGUCCCCAGUGGUACCAUAAUUACCAAAUAUGCAGAGAUCAACAGUGGUUUCGUUGGCUGUAUCAGUAGAUUGGUAAUUGGAGAAAAGGAAAUUGAUCUGAUUGGUGAUCAGACAGAUAGCUCUGGGAUCACUAACUGUGAAACUUGUGCUGAAAAUCCUUGUAACAAUGGUGGUGUAUGUCAAGAAGCUGCUACAAAGAAUGGAUACAUUUGUCUGUGUCGUGCUGACUACAGUGGCAAGCACUGUGACUAUGUUGGACAGCCUUGUUAUCCAGGUGCAUGUGGUGAAGGCGAUUGCAUAAACAAGGAAACGGGCUUCGAAUGCUAUUGUCCUUACGGAACAACCGGUGCUCGUUGCGAGAAUACGAUGAAGGUCUAUGAACCAGCCUUCCAUGACGAUAAAUCCUAUAUAGCACACGAUACACCUAAAGCUCUUAGACGAUUGAAAGUAGCAAUGAACUUCAAUCCUCUGGACAAUCAAGAUGGCAUACUGAUGUAUUGUGCUCAAAGUGAAGAGGGACUUGGAGACUUCGUUGCGUUGGUAGUCAAGGAUGAACGUGUCGAAUUUCGAUACGACAUUGGUUCUGGCCUGGCGAUCAUUAGAUCAAACCAUGUUCUUCAACCUGGUGUAUGGACACAUGUCUCCAUCAACAGGGACUUCAAGGAGGGGAAUUUGACUAUAAAUGGAGAACCUACAAUAGGAGGCAAGUCUCCCGGGACUGCUCGCACCAUGACGCUUAAUACACUACUCUAUAUUGGAGGCGUUGAUCGCAGAAGAAUUAUAGUGAACAGAAAUGCCGGUGUAGAUAGGACUUUUCGUGGUUGCAUCAGUGAUCUUGGAGUGUCUUCGAUGAAUGUAGACAUCCUAAAGUCUGCCUUGGAUUCAGUAAACAUAGAUGACUGCAAUGUUCUACAUCCUAAUCAAACCAAGUUGACUACUGUAAUCACUAUUCCACCAUCCACUACAACUCCCUAUGAUCCGUGUGCCUCCAAUCCUUGCAUUCAUGGAAUGUGUCAGAAUACUGAUUCGUACGACUAUUCAUGCACCUGUGAAUACGGCUACGUGGGAAGAAACUGUGAGAACAUUUUGAAGCAAUGUGAACUGUUGCUUCCCUGUAGAAAUGGAGGCACUUGUACAGACCUCCAUGGGUCCUACAAAUGCGAUUGUCGCUUAGGCUACAAUGGACAGAAUUGUGAAAAGUUGGCGGAGGUAACUUACGAUGUUGCAUUCAGAGGGGAUGGUUGGUUAGAGUUAGAUAAGUCUGUAAUGGCCCAUGAAGAAGAACGUGAAGUGUUAGGUUUCGAAAUUUCAACGAACAAGACCAAAGGACUGAUCAUGUGGCAUGGGCAGACGCCAAAUGAUCUUAAUCUUGAUCACUACAUGGCUCUUGCUGUGGUUGAUGGUUAUGUAGAGUAUCAAUACAACUUGGGUACAGGACCAGUAGUGAUUCGUGUCACUGCACAGAAGGUAGAUGAUGGAGAACGACACAGAAUAAUCUUAAAGCGCCAGGGAAGUGAUGGAAGCAUAGAAUUAAAUGGAGAACACAUGGAGAGCAGUGCUAGCUAUGGAACACAGCAAGAUUUGAAUGCUAGAGGCAGUGUGUACUUAGGUGGAGUGCCAGACUAUGCUAUGACUUAUGGAAAAUAUCAAGAAGGAUUUUCUGGUUGCAUUUACACCAUGGAGGUGCAAGAUUCUGGGGCCAUAGACAUUGGAGAAAAAUCUAUAAGGGGAAAGAACGUUUCACCAUGCACUAGAGCAAGAUGGAUACCCUCUUCCUUAGUAUUUACCAACGCGGAUACGGACAUCUUCGACGCGUUUGUUCCUCCACCUCCUGUCAAUAUAAUCCACCCUAAACCAGCGGCAAAUUUGGCUGCGUACAGUAUCAAAAAUUACUCAUUGUUAAUCCUACUUCAAAAUCUGCUCGCCUUCACCAUGGAUAUCCGAGAGCAGAGCGUGCUUUUCACAGUAUUAUGCAUAGACACUAUAAAUGCGAUGAAAUGUAUAUUGAGUUAAGUGUUAUUUAAUUGGAUUAGGUCUUGUUUAAGUGAAUACGUGUCCUUUCAACAAUGAUUUAAUAAUGAAGAAACACGUAUUCUCUGGUAACUUAUGGAAUUAAUCCAAUUUGUAAAUUGUUUAACGCUUCGUUAACAUUGAGGACAAGUUAUUUGGACGAUAGACUUCCAACAAGAGGCGACCUUGGAAAGAUAUGGAAGUGGUUUAUUUAAGUGAAGGGACAAUUAUAUUAUUCAGUUUGUAAAGCCUACCACGGCAAAUGAUAUAUGUAUAAGCAGUUUUAUAUCUGUACGUGUACAGAAUAUGUUUCUGACAACAUUUUAUAACCGAAUUAACUACAUUUUAUACAGUUCUUUGUUUUUAUAAAGUACGAUAGAUUCUUUCCUCAUAUUAGCCAAUCCUAUUCCCUUUUUUAUUUUUUUUAUCUGACAAUGCUUUUUUUUCAAUUGACUGCCAUGUUCAAAGAAUGAACGUUGAGGCGACUGCGAAUGGAUACAAUAAUAUUAUAUUAUGUCAUGCAUAAGUUUUCACUGCCAUUGUCUGAGUUGUUAACUUCCCAUAGACUUCCUCUAAUCUUUAGCUAAGCAAACACUAAAAAUGGCUCCAUUAGUUCAUAAUUCUAGUUGUAACGUUACAACAAAUUCUCUUUGAAUUGAGAAUGUUUAUCUUCGACAUAUAGAAAAACAUAAGAAAUAAGUUGUAUUACAAAGUAAAAUUUUUAUUCCAACAUUUAUCUGGACCAAUGAUAGGCCCUAUUAUUGAUUGUUCUAUGACUUCUAUACAAAUUUGUUUUCCUUUCUUUUUAUUGAAACACUUAAAACUUCAUUAUGUGAUACUAACAAAGGAAAGUUACUUACAAGUAUUUGCAUAGUUAAGAUACGGUGCUAGUAAAAUAUGUUGCUAGUUCUAAGGAGAUUUGUAUUCAAUGAAAAUGCGACGGAAGUGUGUAAAUAAUUAUAAUUAGUCUCUCAAACCUUA